GACAAUGCGUCCAUCUUUUUACAUUUACUCCAAUACUGUUGCAGGAACUGGGAGAUGAAGUCCUCCAGGCUGUUGAUAUCUCGCAUCCGGCUCUGGAAAAACAUCAGCGGCUCGCCAAGUAGUAGACUGGACAGUUGGAAGCGCCAUACUAACCAAGAGGUUGGUGGCGGAUGGCGGUUGAUUGGCGAUAUCGGAUGGCGAUUGGGUGGCGGCACUCUCCGUUCCCUCGGCGGCGCUUGGAGCGAUCUGCGGAGACGCCGGUACCGGGUUGGACGCCCUCACUCCCUCAUCCGGACUCUCAUCGGACUUACUCGCAUCGCGACGUUAUCAAUCUUCGUAGAAGACAAUUGGGCUAAGUUUUGCGGGUCGAAACUGAUGGAGCAUAUGCUGCCUCCCUCUCUCUCUCGUGGGGUCUCCGCUGCAUCGUCCUGGGGCUGUUGAUUUGCCGGUGUCGUG